CAAACCGACUCUCGUGACUACUCCAUGUGCAGGGACGGGGUCGCUUGAUAUUCGUCGUUGUUUACAGUGGUUUGAAACGAACAUUGUAGGUACAGUAUCUGCCGAUGUCUAGUAUGUCAUCAAUAUCACUCAAUGAAGAUGAUUAUUUUGAUGAUAUAUACUGCCCAAAGGAAGAUCCGCUCUACCUGGGAGGAUUGCCAAUUUCCAUGUCUGAUGCUGAAUCCAUGAAACAUGAACUGGACAGCAAACCUCCUGCAUUCUCACUUGCACUUGGUGAAGAUGACAAGGACACUGCAGAUAUUUCUAUGGAUGGCUUCACAUCAGCGCCUUAUCUCCCGGCGAGCCCGACGCUGCUGACUAUGAAGUUCGAGGUAGAGGGCCCGCCAUCGCCGCAGCCGAGCCCCUCCCUAUCUCCGACUCGGGUGUCGACCCCCUCGUCGCCAACGGCGCGGCCAGCCCCGGAACAGCCGCCGAUUUGGCGACCAACUGGAAGACCUGUGCUUCUGGGCAGCAUCUGGACUCACCACAAUCCGGCGCCAGAUACGCCGCAGCCCUCAAAACAAGGCACAGUCCGGUCGGAAUCGGGCCGUCUCAUAAAAGAUGGUCUCUGCGCUCAGCCCACCCAGCGGACGGGGUCCACUCAGCGGACCCCGUCUUGCCCGGUGUUCCUAGCCGAUGCAGCCAUCUUUACGGGCCCUGAGGUGGUAGUUUCUGAUGAUGAUGAAGACUCUAUUGACGAUCUGACGCACGUCCCACACGCAGAGACUAAGGUGGACCCGAACGAGGUGGAUGACGAAACCAGCAUCUGGCCGCUCUGCCUCUGGCGGUGUGCCAGGCACGCCGGGAUGUUCCCGGAUGUCGCGGAGCGCAAGCCAUCGCCCUUUGCCAGCGGAGCGUUAGAUAAGGAACGCAGUGUCUCCAUUCAAAAGUCCUCCUGUAAAAGAGGGAAGUCAUUCCUGAAACAGAAUGUUUGCCCAUAUUGCAGCAAGACGCACACCAAUUUCGCACGUCAUAUUUUCCGGAAACAUGUAAGGGAACCAGAAGUAGUUCAGGCGCUUGCACUGCCAAAAGGCUCCAGGGCGAGGAGGAACUGUAUUGAAAAUAUUAUUCACAAGGGAAACUACAAGCACAACUUCACGGUUAUCCGUGAUGGGUGUGGAACCAUCAUUCCAAGGAGGCGUCCACCACAAGACGCGAAAGUGGCUGUGAAAGAUAUGCUGCCAUGCGGCAAGUGCCAGGGCUUUUUCUCGAGGCACAACCUUUCUCGACACAAGUGCCACACUGGUGACAAAGCCGCGGCUGGAGGUAGAGUUCAGGCCCUGGGAAGGUGCAUGCUGCCCUGUCAAAGGGAUGCCGCAGUUGGACUGGAGAAGUCGAUGGCAAACAUGCGAGAAGAUGACAUUACGCUGGCCUGCAGAAAUGAUGGACUCAUUUUGGAGUUUGGGUCCCGUUUGUUCGCGAGACUGGGUGAUCAGCGUCAUCAGCAUGUGCACAUCCGUGAAAAGAUGAGACAGCUUGGGCGAUUGGUCUUAGAGCUACAGCAAUCAAGCCCAGAAGAGGGUCUUGCGUCGUUCAUUCGACCAUCGAAGUUCAUGGAGGUUGUAGGUGCGGUAAAACAACUGGCGGGCGUCCAGGAAGGAAAGUAUCACAAUCCUUCGCUUGCUCUCAACCUUGGCUACUCGCUCGGCGAUUGCGCGGUUAUCCUGAAAACGCGUGCCCUCGCUAACGAAGACGCCUCCCUGAGGGCGGCUGCGGACGACUUCCUCCUAGCUCUACCGACGAGACUGGAAGCGGUACGUGUCUUCUCCUGCGCUUCACACUAUCCACGAACGGAAAUGGAGCAGACCUGUUGAGCUUCCCCUAAAUGUGGGUGUUACGAAUAUCACAAAGGAGGUACAGGAUGAGUUGGUACGAGCUCAGCGACUGUUGGACGCAGAACGUUCUUUUAAACACUAUGUCAAGUUGUCUAAAGUCGCUCUGGCAUCCAUCAUUUUGUUUAACCGGCAGAGGCCGGGAGAAGCGCCAAGGCUCACCGUGAGAUCAUAUACUGAAAGAGACCAAACUGCCAAUGAGGGAAUCUUGCAGCACCUGUCUGCCUUGGAACGAAAGCUAUGCCAUUCGCUGGGAUAUGUAGUGGUUCGUGGCAAAGGAGGAGGUGAUGUGCCCAUCAUGCUGACAGCCGCAAUUCGAGGGAUGCUUGACCAACUGAUUUCAGCGAGGGAAGCGGUUGGGAUCCCUCCCGACUGUCCGCACAUUUUCGUGAACAGCGCAGCCCCAGAUGCGAGCACGCUUAGAGGAAGCGACUGCGUACGGGUAUUUGCGCAAAGGGCACGUGUGGGUAAUAUCACGGCCAUGAAGGACAGAAAACAUGCGGCCACUAUGCUGCAGCUGCUACAGCUUAACGAAAACGAGAUGGACAUCGUGGCUCGUUUUCUAGGCCAUGACAUACAGCUUCACAGGCAGCUCUGCGCACUCCCCGGGAGGACUUUGCAUGCUGCCAAAGUGAGCAGUACACUGAUGACGAUGGACAAAGGGCUGAGUGCUGUUGGAGAAAAGACCGUGGAUGAGCUUAACCCCACCUGUGACGAUAUCGAGGGGAGUCCCGCCCCCAGCGUAAAUGUGGACAUGGACGACGACAGCAGCAGUGUCGCCCCCGACGACGUGAAGGCGAAGGGUGAGGACAUCGACGAGAUGGGUUUGAAUUCCCAUGCUGAGACAACAAGAAGCAGCUGAGGAGGAAGAGCUCAUUGAAACAAAAUUUAAAGGCAAGAGGAAAAUUGUACCGUGAACUCGAACAGAAAUGGAGGCUGUACGGAGACGCAUGAAAUUAUUUAUUUUGUCUAUUAAAUGCCCACCUAGGGACAUUGGAGGAGUAGUCGGCACUGUUCCUGCGUGCCUGGAAGGACAUGAAGUUCUGCACGCUUAACGCGAUGAUAGGAGCUCAAGCGGGCCAUGGGAACGAAGUUCCAUCGGAAAGCUUGAGGGCUCCACGCGUUAGAUCCUCUUUUGCGUCGCGUCGCGGUGUCUGCUUUUGCGUCAUGUCGUAGUGUCUGCUUUGCGAUGCGGUUGUAUAACGUGUUUGCAAACUGCAUGUAAGAAACAUUCUGCAUAUCUGA